UGUGUUUCAUUCUCUUCUCUUCUCUGUCUCUCUCUUGAGAUAGAUAACAUAAACACAGUCGAGCGUCGUCAAUUGAUUCAAUAUGUCUAUCAUUUCUUCUCCAUUCUCCAUUUCAAUACCUUGUUCUAAUUCUUCUUCUUCUUCUUCACUUUCCUUCUCAACUUCUUUUUCUGCUCAAUUUGUGAAAUUGCAGCAGCACCAAAGAAAAAGAGGAGGAGCGAUGGUGGUGAAAAUGAGCUUAGAGGCUGGUGUUGGUGUCAUGGGUACCAAAUUGGGAAUGAUGAGCUUUUUCCAACCUAACGGUGAAGUAGUUCCCGUCACUGUUGUCGGUUUCAAAGAAGGCAACAUCGUCACUCAGAUCAAAACCGACGCCACUGACGGUUACAACGCCGUACAAGUUGGUUACCGGAGGGUUAGAGACCGCAAAUUGACCAAACCUGAAAUGGGUCAUCUUGAAAAGGCCGGAGCCAUUCCUAUGCGCCAUCUUCAGGAGUUUCGUCUUCAAUCCGUUGAUGGUUUUGAACCUAAUCAGCGCCUUGUCUUUGAUGAGCUUUUCAAUGAAGGAGAUCUUGUUGAUGUCUCCGGCACCACCAUCGGCAAGGGUUUUCAAGGUGGUAUCAAGCGUCAUAACUUCAAAAGAGGACCAAUGAGCCAUGGUUCCAAGAGUCACAGACAACUUGGAUCCAUUGGUGCCGGAACUACACCUGGUCGCGUAUACAAGGGAAAGAAGAUGCCUGGUAGGAUGGGUGGAACUAACAGGAAGACCAGAAAGCUUAAGAUUGUUAAAAUUGAUAAAGAUCUUAAUGUUAUCAUGAUCAAAGGUGCUCUUCCUGGUAAGCCUGGUAAUCUUCUACGUAUAGCCCCCGCCAAGAUUGUUGGCAAGAACAUUCCAAAGAAUUAAUUACUCUUUUUCCUUCUUAACUACUUGUCUGUAUUCACCUGUUAAGUACGAAAAUAACAAUCAAAACAAACAUUUCUCAGUAACUGAGAUUGGAUGCAAUGUUAUAAUGUUUUACAAUAAAUCAUGUCUUAGGCAGAUCAUUUUUUUUCACUUA